GCGGUUCCUCUGUGACCCUUACCCAUCAACUAGCUGCAGCAGUGGUUGGGUUAGUGUUGCAAACAACUGAAUGUGUCAGGACAGUGCAGGGGAAAACCUGUGCACGUAUUCACAAGCAGAAUGGAUCAAUCCAGCCAGAGCCCAUCCCCGCAUCGGAAAGGGAUGUUUAAGCUCAAAAAGAAGAAGAAGAAGGAUGCUAAGGAGGGUCUAGUCUUGUCAAACAAAGGAGCUCUGGAUGGCAGCGAUGCAGAGACCAGUCCUGGGUUACCAACUGGGACUGAGGCAACUGAUCUUGAGGAUGGCAGCCAGGGUGGCCCUUCAGGAAUGUCUGGCAAGGAGACGCCUGUUUAUAAGAGGUCCAAACCGGUGGCAAAGAUUCAGGACAGUGAGAGCAAGCCACAGAGCUUCCAGAUCUCCGUCAACAUCACAGAGGCUAAACAGCUGGUGGGGGAGAACAUCGAUCCCUGCGUAGUGAUAGAGAUCGGGGAUGAGAAGAAGCAGACCACGGUCAAAGAAGGGACAAACGCCCCCUUCUACAAUGAGUACUUUGUCUUUGAUUUCUUCGCACCGCAGGAGACCUUUUUUGACAAAGUCAUCAAACUUUCAGUAAUGCACUCCAAGAUCAUGCGUAGCUUCUGUGUGGGGUCCUUCAAGCUGGAUGUGGGGACAGUCUACAGGCAGCCAGGUCACCAGUUCUGCAACAAGUGGGCAAUGCUGACCGACCCCAUGGCCAUCCAUGCCGGGGUCAAAGGUUAUCUGAAGUGUGACAUCAGCGUGACGGGGAAGGGAGACGCAGUGCAGCCCUCACAGAAGUUCACCGAUGCGGAAGAACAGAUUGAAAAAAACCUGCUGCUUCCCCAGGGCUUCCCCUCGGAGCGCCCAUGGGCUCGCUUUUACGUGAAGGUAUACCGGGCUGAGGGCCUUCCUCGAAUGAACUCCAGCAUCAUGGCUAACGUCACCAAGGCGUUCAUCGGGGACAGCAAGGACCUCAUUGACCCCUAUGUGGUGGUGUCUUUCUUCAGCCAGGUGGGCCGGACCUCGACUCAGAAGGGCACGGCUGACCCCGUGUGGAACGAGCAGAUUGUGUUUAAGGAGAUGUUUCCCCCUCUGUGUGGGCGUGUGAAGAUCCAGGUGUGGGAUGAGGGGAGCAUGAACGACGUGGCCAUCGGGACACACUACAUCGACCUGCACAGGAUCGCCAACGAGCAAGAUGGGGACAAAGGUUUCCUUCCAACCUUUGGCCCGGCCUGGAUCAACUUGUACGGCUCCACCAGGAACUUCACGCUGUCGGACGACAAUCUGCUGAACGAGGGUGUGGGUGAGGGGGUCUGCUUUCGGGGGAGGGUGUUCCUCGAGCUGGCUGUGGAGAUCCUUUCGUCUGCAGGGGCGGCCGAAUCCAAGAUGUCCCGUCUCGCCAAGGAUCUAAAGAGCUCGCUCAAGGAUGUCAAAGGGGGAAAAGCAGGAGGCAAGGAGCCUAAAAGCCCUCAGCCAGCAGGAAGUGGAGGGGGAGGAGGGGGAGGUGGAGGAGCUGGGGAGGUGGAGGAGGGCUGGGCGCUGGGCGCAGAGGUGAUGCCAGUAGAGACACCCCCACAGGUCAGAGAGGAAGACAAGGAGAGUUUUAUGCUGUUUGGUGCUGUGUUUGAGGCAACGAUGAUUGACAGGAAGAUAGGUGACAAACCUAUCAGCUUUGAGUUCACUGUUGGAAAUUUUGGGAACCUUCUUGAUGGGUCCUCCCCAGUCACUACCAGUAAGAAAAGAGUGGACCCUCUGGAGCAUGAAAGCGCCCCCUUGUUGGACCCCCAGGAGCCAGAGCUGUGCAAGUCCACAACCACCCCCAAGAAGCCACUGCUCAUGGAGGGGCACAGGAGUUACUUGUACCUGCCGAUCUUGGACAAGAAGCCGUGCAUCCAUGUGCUGAACCACUGGGAAGACUGCACAUUCCGCCUGUACUACUCCAACAUGCUGGAGAACAUUGCGCUGACGUUUGAGGAGGGAGUGGCUAAAGUCAGUGAGCUGAACAAGCUGUCAGAUCCACAGGCAGAGCCUCUUCUCCUCGCUGUAUUCCAGGAGUUUGAGUCCAACAGCAGAGAGUUCAUCGUCUUUGCUGAGAAGAAAGUGAAGGGAAACCACCUGACCGUGCUGGAUAAAAAACGCUUGACGUUGUGCAAACAGGAGCUGGAGAGUAUGGUGAGUGAGGUGAAGUCUAUCACUGACCAAAAGAAGAGGACUGUGAAGAGGAUGCUUCAGGAGGCUCUGAAACUCACACAGAGGCUGAAGUUCCUGGUGGAGGAGCCCCAGCACACCAUCCCAGACGUAUUCAUAUGGAUGCUGAGCAACAACAAGCGUGUGGCGUACGCCCGCAUCGCCGCCCGGGACCUGCUGUACUCCCCCUGCCCCGAGGAGAGGGGGCGAGACUGUGGCAAGAUCAAGACCCUCUUCCUCAAGCCCCCAGGCAAACGUCCGACUGGCUGGACAGUGCAGGCCAAGCUGGACGUGUACCUGUGGCUGGGAAAUAGCAGGUACUCCUCCCACAUGCUGGAGAACCUGCCCACUGGCUUUGAGCUUGUAGGUCUCUCUGCAGAGCAGCACAGCACUUUCCCCCCUGACCAGCUACUCUACCCGGCCAAGCACAAGUUCCAGCUACGGGCCCACAUGUACCAGGCCCGAGGGCUGAUCGCAGCCGACAGCAGCGGCCUCUCCGACCCCUUCGCUAAGGUGUCCUUCCUGUCACAGGGCCAGACCACAGUGAUCAUUAACCAGACGCUGACCCCCACCUGGAACCAGAUGCUCCUGUUCAAGAGUCUGACGCUCAACGGCGAGCUGACCGAGCUGGCCCGGGAGCCCCCUUGCAUCGUCAUUGAGGUGUACGAUGAUGACGCCCUGGGCAAGGCAGAGUACCUUGGCUCCACGUUGGCAGUGCCAGUGGUCAGGCUGGCUGAUGAGCCCUACUCCCCUCCCCAGCUUCAGUACAGCCCUCUCUUCUGUGGCAACCAAUCCGGAGGGGACCUGCUGGCUGCCUUCGAGCUCAUCCAAAUACCAGAGUCAGGAGAAGAGUCCCUACCUGCAGUGGACGAGCCAGAUGGAAUGGUCUACCCAGUGCCUGCCAACAUCCGGCCUGCUCUCAGCACAUACCGCCUGGAGGUGCUGUUCUGGGGCCUACGGGAGCUGAAGAAGGUGCAGCUGCUGUCUGUGGACAGACCACAGGUGUUCAUAGAGUGCGCAGGGAAGGGGGUGCGCUCCUCUGUCAUACAGAGCUACAAGACCAACCCCAACUUCAGCGUGCUGGUGGACAUCUUUGAUGUGGAGUUGCCAGAGAAUGAGCACCUGCACCCGCCCCUCAGCAUCACUGUGGUGGACUGGCGCGCCUUUGGGCGGAGCACGCUGGUCGGCAACCAUGUGAUCAACAGCCUGAAGCAGUUCAAGUACACCCCUCUGCCUCUACCCCCCGCCCCCCAAUGGCAUGAUACCCGGGCCAGAGAGGGUAUGUCCCGGCCUGCUGUGGAGAGCAGCUCCAUAGAGGUCCAGUCCUCUGAAAGCAUCUACAUCAGCAUUGAUCUGGAGGAAGUGCCCAGGCCUCCGCCUACAGUACAGCCCGGGUCCCCAAGGAGAAAGGGGACCAGAAAGAGCACACGGAGGUCCACCAAGAGGAGGAGGCGCACCAUAGCGGAUGAGUCUGCAGAAAACGUCAUCGACUGGUGGUCCAAGUACUAUGCCUCUGUGGACAAGUUCCAGCAGGCAAAACAAAGGGAAGCCCAUGAAUUUCCUCACAUAUAUGACAAUGUAACCCCACUCCAGCACUUGGUCUCGGAUGGAAAGGACCAGUAUGCUGUGGCAACCAGGGAUGGAAACAAGAAGAAAAAGCAGGUUACCAUAAAGGGUGUGCUGGGCCAGCCAAAGCUUGCAACACUGCAGCUGUAUGAUAAGGAGCUGGAGGCAGAGUUUGGUCCCUUCAGUGACUGGGUCAACACCUUUGAGCUGUACCGGGGUAAGGCUAACGAGGAGGAGAGCUCCAGUGAAGAGAGGCUUGUGGGGAAGUUCAAGGGCCGGUUCUGCCUCUACAAGCUCACAGAGAAGGACCACGGUGACGGGGUUCAAGAUUCUGGCCAGUUUAAGGUCACCCAGGGAAUCCCUCCCAACACCCCCAUCAAGGUUCUGAUCCGGGUUUACAUCGUCUCGGCUUCCAACCUUCACCCAGCUGAUGCGGAUGGGAAAUCUGAUCCAUACAUCGUUCUAAAACUGGGUAAAACAGAAAUCAAGGACAGAGAAAACUACAUCCCCAAGCAGCUUAACCCAGUGUUUGGCAGAUCCUUUGAGGUCCAGGCUACGUUCCCCCAGGAAUCAUUACUGACUGUCCUCAUCUAUGAUCAUGACACAAUUGGGAGUGAUGACUUGAUUGGGGAGACCCAGAUAGACCUGGAGAACCGGUUCUACAGCCGCCAUCGGGCCACCUGUGGGUUGCCCACCGAAUAUGCCAUCGAGGGGUACAAUGCCUGGAGAGACUGCAUCAAGCCCUCAGAACUGCUGGUAAAGCUGUGCAAGGAUCAUCAUUUGGACGGGCCACGCUUCCAGCCUGGCCGGAUAAUCGUAGGGGGCAAGGUCUUCAAUGGGAAAACUGUCUUUGUGGAUGAAGAGAGGACGGUAGAGUCCUAUGAACACCUGUCGCUGAAGAUACUGCACCGGUGGGCAGAGAUCCCGGGUGUUGGGUGCAAACUGGUCCCGGAACACAUUGAAACCCGAACCUUGUACCACAAGGAUAAGCCUGGGAUGGACCAGGGCCAGCUGCAGAUGUGGGUGGAUAUGUUUCCCAUGGAUAUGCCGCAUCCAGGCCCCGCGGUCGACAUCUCUCCACGAAAACCGAAAGGGUAUGAGCUGAGAAUCAUCAUCUGGAACACAGAGGAUGUCAUACUAGAGGACACCAACUUCAUCACAGGGCAACAGUCCAGUGACAUUUACGUCAAAGGGUGGCUGAAGGGCCUAGAGGACGACCGCCAGGAGACAGAUGUCCACUACAACUCGCUGACCGGAGAGGGCAACUUCAACUGGCGCUUCGUGUUCCCCUUUAACUACCUGCCUGCAGAGAAGGUGGUGGUGGUUAACAAGCGGGAGAGCAUCUUCGCGCUGGACAAGACGGAGCAGAAGCUGCCAGCCGAGCUGGUGCUGCAAGUGUGGGACUUCGAGAGGCUGUCCUCUGACGACUUCCUGGGUUCAGUGGAGCUGGACUUGCACGGCUUUCCACGUGGAGCCAAGACAGCCAAGGCUUGCAAGAUGGACAUGCUGAGUGACAUUACGGAAAAGAUAUCCAUCUUCCAGCAGAAACGCUCCAAAGGGUGGUGGCCCUUUGUCAAGGCUGGGGAGCUCACGGGUAAAGUGGAGGCGGAGUUCCACCUGGUGACAUCAGAGGAGGCGGAGAAGAACCCAGUGGGGCGUGCCCGCAAGGAACCGGAGCCCCUGGAGAAACCCAACCGACCGGACACCUCCUUCGCCUGGUUCAUGAACCCCUUUAAGUGCUUCUUCCAUUUGAUCUGGAAGAACUAUAAGAAGUACAUCAUCAUAGCCCUGGUGCUCCUUAUCACUGCCCUGUUCCUGGCCCUGUUGCUGUACACACUGCCAGGUGCCAUCUCUCAGCACAUCAUCAACGGCUAAAAGAAGCCAUGCCCAUCGGGUGAACAACAUCCAAUCCUUUUAAGCUUACAAAAAAACUGACCAUUUUGUAUGGAAUUCCUGUGAUCCUGUUAGAGUUUAUUUCUGAUAAUUGAACAUAUAACAAUGUUGUAAGGAACUGUAUGGUAUGUAAUGAGUAUAUCCAGUCCGAUGUUUAAAACAUAAAAGACACAGGCAUCUCAGAAUGUUGCUUUUUUCUUCAUUACCUAUUGCUAUUUUACAAAAGAAUGGCCAUUUUUUCACCAUUAAUAUAUAUUCAAAAGAAACAAACCAGUUUAAGUCUGUGUGCCAAGUGAUUCUUAAAUUGUACAUAUAUCUAUACGUAACCUUUAUCACUCACUUCGUGUGACAGUGGAAAAUAAAAAAUCUUUAAAAUAAUACCUAAUAUUUUUGCCAGUUUGGAAACACAGGCUUUAGGUGGUAACUGGCAUACUCAUGUGACCAUGUCCUACGACUGAUUGGUCUUUUGGACCAGGCAGUGUAACACUUUAAAAUGGAUUUUUAAGAAAGGUGGGGGAGAACAUGAACUCGGACUAAACAAUGUGUAUAUGAAAAACACAUAGUUGCAUACAUAUAUGUCCCUGUACUGUAAUUAACACAGAAAAUGGAAACAUUUUGACUUAAAGAAUUUAAAAAGCUAUUGCUCAUACCCCCACAAAAUAUGACACACUGAACCAUGCUCCUUAAAAGAAACUUCUGCAUCCCCUCACUUAAUAAUCUGAAUACUCUGAAAAUGUUAGGUCCUUACACAAAAAAUUGUAUCCUUUUUAUUAACGCAGUUACCAUCACACAUUUUAGAGUAUGAAACUUGUCAGUAAUCAGCACCCAACAGCAGUAAAAAACUGGUUCACUCAAAUAUUUAACAUGUCUGCACUCAUCUAUUAAAUACUCUACAAUAACACCUGACACUUAGUUACACAAGUUCAUCAUAGCUAAAAGUUCCCAUAUAUCUACAUAUAUGAAGCCAGCAGGUGUUAAAGUGCUAGCAGCUUAUCCAGAUUCAAAGAUAAACAGAUGAUUAUAAAAAAAUUCGAGGAGCAGGUUUAAAUAAAUUAUUCAAGACAUUUAAAUAUGGAAUUUCCCCCCAAAACA